AGCCAUUACAAAACCAAAGCUACUAACCUCCAAAUACUUUGAAAGAAAUUGUCGUUAUAUUUAAAAGAAAAUAUUCUAUUUUUUGAGUUAAAUAGUAGUCCAUAUUUUUUUCAAUAUAGCUUUAUUUCACUUUUGUUCACUUCCAUAUUACCAAACUGCAAUUUAUUUUGCAAAUCUGGAUGAUAAAUUGGAUAUCAUGAUUGCUGCCUCUGAUCCACAGGAAUUUGUACCUCGUGGUCGGCAGCAAAUAGCUCGCCACCCGGGUCCAUUAGAACCACCUCUCAGAAAGGAUAAAAAUUUUGAUGAAUUCAUUCAAAAUGGAUUAGAGAAAGUAUCCUUGUCAGAAAAUAAAUUAAGCGAAUUCUGGAUUUUGCGAAGAGCGCCUGACAAUGAAAUUAAUAAAUGUAUUAAUAAAACAGAAUCAAAAUCAGAACAUAAAAGUUACACUUCGUUGGCAAGUGUAUCUUAUGUCAUGGAUUAUACUGAUUUGGUGGAUGAUAGCAAUAGUUUUAAAACAUCAGAUACUAGUUUUCAUCAAAAAGUUAUCAAUAAAAGAGUAUCAGAUACCAGUACUCGAACUUCAAACAAAAGAUUUCAAUCUGGUGAAAAACAGCAUGCCACAAAUAUAACAGACAAUAGUUUGAAAUCAAAAAUAAGCCCUGGAUUUAUGGAAGAUGAAUUGUAUGUCAAAGGCCACACAGCAGUUUGGUCCAGAGGCCUGCUUAACAGUGAUAAUCGGGAAGAUAAUGGAAGAACUAUUAUUUCUUCUUAUACUGUUCCAUUGCCAAUCAAACAAGCUUUAUGGGUAGUUUUUUAUUGCGAACGUCCCAUUUUUGAGUCUAACAACAUUGAUAUUCAAGAGAAUAAAGAAUAUGCAGGGACACCUACACCUGCUAUAUGCUUAGUAGAUAAAAAUAAUAUCAGAGUAUUUGUUGUUAAGGGAGAACAGUUUGUUAUACCAAUGCCAUUUCGUAUUGAAAAAAUAUGGAAUACAAAAUAUGGUAUUAUUAUAGAAAAAAGUCUGGAUGGUCAAAAUGAAGAGAAAUAUGGACAAGACUAUACAGCCCCAAUAUUUUCACUGGCUUAUCCAUUAGAUGAUGUAUGCCAAGUAGUGACAAAUCGUAAUAACACUAUAACAAGGUUUAUGAACUCUAAUUGUAAGAUUGUUUUUACGAGUAAUAAUCCAAGUAUUUGUAUGAUAUUUGACACUGUUACAAAGGAACACGUUGUUUAUAAAAUAAGAAAAGUAAGACAAGAUGAAAAAGACUAUGGAGAGAAUGUUACUGGUUCUCAUUCUGCUGUUUAUAAUUCUCAAAAGUUAAAAAGUCGUCUGUCAAUGUGGGACAAUCUGAUGACGAGUGGCAGUUUGGUCACUCCCAGUCCCAUUAACAAGAAACCGACACCGCACGAGAAGCAUCCUGUUGCUCACCAAAAAACCAAGUCAUUCUGUUCUAUGGCAACUAUGAGUCGUUGCCAAUCUCCAGCUGUUGUAGAGAGUCCAUGGCUGGGACCCGCAUCAAACAAAGCUUAUCUGGAAAAAGAUUAUUCGCACCCAAAAUCUUUUUUUAACUGUUCCAAAUACAUGUCUCAUCUAAAAUCGACCCCGAAUAUAUGUUUCGAAUAUAUUUGGAGCGACGCUUAUUCUUUUAAAGACAAUUUUACCGCCGGACCCGCUACAUCUGUCUUCCUAUCGAAGGAUUUUAUAGGCCAGUGGUAUUUGUGUUAUAUAUUGCCAUCAAGAUUUCAACUGUCAGUUGUUAAAGUUGACUUUACAGACACAAAUAUUAGUUUUGGAUUGGUGACAAGUAUCAGCGCCAAAGAUGCGAUUAAUAUUCCACAUCUGGAUAUGUUAGCCAUCUUGGAACAUACUGGAAAUGUAACAUUAUACUCGGGUCUAACCGUUGUUGGAAAAUUGCAUAUUGGCGGUACUUUAUUACAGCAUACACCAUCUCCUUGUAUAAGAAGACAUAUGAGAUCUCCUUUUCCUAGACGUAGCAGUCUUCUUCCACUGUCUAAACAACCAGAACCAAUAUUCGACGAACACUUAUUAUCUCCUGUGUUGCCAUCUGCAGCACAACCUAAUUUGAACUUCUUACCCCCUGCUGGAAACCCGACACCAUUAAAAUAUAGUUUUCAAGGGGUUGAAAAAAAGGCCACUUUAGUAGGCCUUUCUGACGAAGUAGAGAAUCGCAUAACUUUGAAAUAUUCCGACGGAACAUUCUAUAGAGUUACUGUACCCAUUCUAACGCACUCAGAACUGGUGGAGCAUUGUUUAGUUGCGCUAAGACAGUGCCUACCUAGAGAUGCAGCCUUAGUAGUCGUCUGUAGAUGGUAUGCGACGAGAAACGCUAUUGGCAAUACUGACUUAGAUACUAAACAAGAAUGGGAAAUGUUUAGCGGAUUAUUAUUAGAAUUGCUGGGUUAUGAAGAAGACCAUAUCUUCGAGAAACCAGAAACUCCCGCUUCCGCUGUCAAAAAACCGAAAACUACGCCAUCUUGUUCGGACGAUGAUUGGCUGUUCUUGUCCAAAAGUGAUCAUAAAGAUAUCACAGACAGUUUAUCUCAUAUCCUGAAACUACCAUUGGGCAUCACUAAUGACAGUUCAGUUGAUAAUGAAGUACCUAAAAUUACAAUUAAUCCGAAGUCCGUUUUAUUCCCUUACAUCCGUUACAUCCAUUUCUCUUUGCACCUCUUAUACGAAGAUUUUAAACUGAAUUUGCUGUUUAACGAUAUUUUGUUACCAUUGGCGAAGUUUUUGUCAAAAAUCUGCAAUGAUCUAGGUCUAGUGGAUUUUGUUACGCAUUACUGGAAAGAUUUUCCGAAAAUGGUAGUGUUUACCAAACCUGUCAUAGAUGAAAAUGUUGGAAAAUCAAUAAACAUGUGGCAAGGCCUUAGCGAUAAGCCGAUUAGCGUCAUGAGCUAUAUUUGCCACUUAUUGCAGAAACGUAGUCUGAGUCCUUAUCCGUAUUUUGCCAAUGUUAAUAGUAGAUCACGAGAUAUAGUACAGCUCUGUGGACUGUUAUCAGAACUGAAUCAUUCUUGUGAUGCUGACAUUUCUAAGGACUGUUUUACGCAAAACCAAGCGGGAGUACAGCAAGAAAAUGUGAAUGAAAAAAGUGUUUUGGUGGACGAUAAAGCAAUAGAACAAGUAGUACUGACUAUGGUCGACAUGAACAUUACCAAAAGGUACCUCGAAACAUUGCCCAUAGGAAUAAGCUUUUUGCUCUACACUGCUUUAUGGAAAUGUCGAGAAAAUCCGCCAUCAGAUUGGCCUGUCGAUGCUUACCGAUUGUUGUGGAGAGAUGAUUUGGUAUCACAAGCACAGGAAAUUGAAAUGGAAAAAAAUAAACUCUCAGAUGAGAAAGUUAAUACAGUUUUUCAACUGCAAGAAUCCAUGCCCAAUACAAAACAGGAAAUCGCGGACUUGGAUGGUAUGGAGGACAUUGAUUGCAGCCUAACCAAAAUGAGAUUUAGUGAUGACAUAAGGGUACUGGAAGCGCGCAAAAUGCUAGCAAGUUCAAAACCGGUACCAAUAACUUUGAUACAGAGACCCGAUGUUUCCGAUCACGAUUUUAUUGAAGAACAGGAAAAGCAUUUGUUUGGAAUUUGCAUUAGAACAAUGGCUUUACCAGUAGGAAGGGGAAUGAUUACGUUAAGAACCACAACACCCAUAAUAACAGAACCACUGGCAACGCCGACCUUGUGUCUGACGGGCAAAGCGCUGCCUAGAGGCAACACUGUAGAGCUAAAUCACAUAGAUACACCAGCUAAUAUGAACCUAUGGCCUUUAUUUCACAAUGGCGUGGCAAAUGGUCUUAGAAUCACAACAGGUGCUGAAAACAUCGAUUGUACUUGGAUCAUUUUUAAUAAACCUAAAGGUUGCGCCGAACCGCAAAUGGAACACGCUGGUUUCCUGAUGGCCUUAGGUUUAAAUGGGCAUUUAAGCAACUUGGCAGUAUUGAACAAGUUCGUUUAUUUUUCUAAGCAGCACGAAAUGACGAGCGUGGGCAUACUACUGGGUCUGGCGGCAGCUUUCAGAGGUACUCGCAAUCAGAGCCUAACAAAGAUUCUGGCUAUUCAUGUGGAAGCUUUACUUCCUCCAACUUCCAUGGAGUUCGAUGUAUCGCAGAAUAUUCAGGUUGCGGGACUAUUGGGAAUUGGUUUGGUUUAUCAGGGAAGCGCUCACAGGCAUAUAACAGAAGUUUUGUUAUCCGAAAUUGGACGACCACCGGGACCGGAAAUGGAGAACAGCGUCGAUCGAGAAUCUUACUCUUUAGCUGCCGGUUUAGCUCUCGGUUUGGUCAUGUUGAAACACGGGGACCAGCCUGCAGGCAUGUCGGAUUUAAACGUCCCAGACACUCUACACUAUUACAUGGUCGGCGGAAAUAAAAGACCCCUUACAGGUUCGCAAAAGGACAAAUAUAAAACACCUUCCUUUCAAAUUCGAGAAGGGUCGUCAGUGAAUCUCGAUGUAACUGCUCCUGGUGCUACUUUGGCCUUGGCCAUGAUGUAUAUGGGGACCGGAAAUAAGGCAGUAGCCGAUUGGAUGUCUUUACCUGAAACGCAGUAUUUGUUGGAUUUUGUCAGACCCGAUUUUCUAAUGCUUAGAAGUUUGUCCAAGUCUUUAAUUUUAUGGAAAGAUAUCGAUCCUUCUAAAGAUUGGGUUGAAUCGUUAGUGCCGUCUUCUAUAAGACCAUAUUGCCUUGUGACACCUACCUCUUUGGAUAUCGAUUAUGAGGCAAUGAAUCAAGCAUACUGCAACAUUGUUGCCGGCGCUUGUUUCGCCUUAGGAUUAAAAUAUGCCGGAUCUGCCGACAAAGAAGCAUUCGAUACUUUGCUCUUUUUCUGUCAUAUGUUCACGUCCUUGACGGGCAAGUCCAUUGCUGAAUUAGCUGGAAAAGCCACAAUAGAGACCUGUUUGAAUGUCCUGUUACUCAGUGCAUCUAUGGUUAUGGCUGGUACAGGUAACCUAGAAAUUAUGCGUCUUGUGCGCCAUCUACGUAGGCGAUUGGGUGCGUCAAUUAACGGCAUAGUAACGUACGGAUCUCAGUUGGCCAUUCAUAUGGCGUUAGGGCUUCUGUUUUUGGGUGGGGGAAGGUAUACGUUGAGCAAUUCACCUUCGAGCAUUGCAGCUCUGAUAUGCGCUUUUUAUCCGAAGUUUCCCAUCCACAGCAACGAUAAUAAGUAUCAUUUGCAAGCUUUUAGACAUCUUUAUGUAUUAGCUGUAGAGCCCAGAUUACUAAUCCCUAAAGAUGUUUUUACAGAUGAAAUUUGUUACGCUAGGUUGAGGAUUGUCAAAUUAGAUGGGGUCCAAAUGGAAAUUAAAGGUCCUGGAUUGAUACCAGAUCCUAAUUCGCUAGCGAAGGUCAUAUUAGAUGACGAACGGUAUUGGCCAGUUGUCUUUGAAAGAGGAAGAAAUUGGGAGUUAUUAUUGAAAAUUUUGUCCACUACAGGCUACAUUGCAGUAAAACAGCGUGCAGGUUGUCUUAGUUAUGUAACCGACAAAUUUGGACAUCACAGCGACUUGGCGCGUACCCUAACUCAAUCGAAAGUAAUUCCAUGGGAUCCGCCCUCAAAUUCCGUUAUAAGUUUUACCUCGGAUGAGUCGGUGAGGAAUUUUUGCGAGUCCGUUUUGAAUAUAGACCGGACCAAAGCGAGCUAUAUGGAGAAGAAAAUGGUACAGUUAUUGACCAGAAUGACGUACGAUGCUGUGGUGAAGGAUAGAGUCAUAAUUAUUGAUAUUAUGAUUGCUUUAUUGAAGAUGAUUGUAAUGCUGAAUUCGGAAUACCAUACACUUGGUCUGUGGCAACUGAAGAUUAUCAGUCAGCAAGUUUUUUCAAAAAGUCCACUACCGAAUUUGAUCCCGAAAGAAACUAUUUUAGCAUUAAAUCAAGAAGUGUCUGAUAUUUUCGAUAAGCAUUUAGAAACAUUGAAACAAGAUUUACGCAACUUUUCGAUUAGUUCAGGGUUUAAUGCUCAAAAAAACCUAUUAGCUGAAUAUAUCGUUUUCCAUGACAUUCCAAACGAUUUAGCAGAAAAUACGCUUCAAAAUUCCUUUUUUCAAUCGCUGAUAGAAAUGAAAAAUAGAACGGGAAGUUGCAGUGAGCAUGAAAAGGUUUUGGAAUUUUGGAAAUAACGAAUUUGUGAUAUAGGAAUUACAGAGUGAUAUUAUUUUGUACAUAUUUAACAAUGGUAAUUUAAGAAUUAUGUAUUAAUAUUGUAGUUUCUACAAACUGAACUGAAUAAAUAUGUUAUUAAGUGG